AAUCACAGCUAUCGUUCAUGCAGGAUAAACAUUUUAAUGUUUGCUUUUUGUUUAAGUUUAUUGUGGAGAUGUUUUGCCUGUCUGAAUUAGAGGUUUGAGUGAAAACAAUUGGAGAGACUUAUUAAGUGAUACAAUAAUAGGCACUGAAAAUAAGAUCAGUCCUUAGAGGAGAACAAAUUAUAAACAAUUUGAGUUUUAAUAAAGAUGUCUCUGACUGUGAAAGGUUGAUCAUUUGGAAGUUUAAGGUCACGUGAAAAAAACAAAAGUUUCCCAAAGUCGUGAUGCCUCUUGUCUACAAACAGGAGGUCACAAUAAUGUGUGACAUCACUGCUGGAGGACCAAUAGGAAGGCUCAUAAGAAACCAAAAUGUGAAAGGGAUGACGUUGUUGCUGGCGUAGGACUGCAGUUUGAAGUCUCCUACUAAACACAGGCAGAGGGAAUGGACGCUCAGACUGACCUCCACACGCUCUUACUGUAGCAGGGCUUUGGGAUCAGAAGAGUCCUGGAUCUGCAGGCUUCCUUGCAGCCACCUUCUGUAGCAGUGUUCUUCUGCAAAGAAUAAGUGAGGACCCAGCAUGCUGUCGUCCCUGAAGACCCUGCUGCUGCUCUCGGUCCUGUGCACACGGACCUCCAGCCUGUGCCUGCGCCUCUACCAGAGCCGCUCCGACCUGCUCUGCAGCGACCACCUGGCAGCCGGGGCUCCGAGUGACGAGAACGAACCGGGCUACUCCCGGGAAGACAGCUGGGGGUCCCUCCUGCAGUCCGCGGAGUACCUCAGCCCCUCUUUCCCCUCCACGUCCGCCGAAUCCAGCCGCGAGAAAAGGACUUCAAGCCCCGCAAACUACCGCUUCAUGAGCCGGACCAAGCUCAGGGGCCAGAUGCUCCGCAACAGCGUCCAAGGGGACCGGAGGAGCAGACUCACCCUGUCCCUGGACGUCCCCACCAACAUCAUGAACGUCCUGUUUGACGUGGCCAAAGCCAAAAACCUGCGCGCCAAGGCGGCGGAGAACGCGCGUCUCUUGGCGCAGAUCGGCCGCAGGAAAUGAGCCAAAACAACACGGACCAAAAGUUUCAUUAAACACACGAGCGUCCUUCAAAAUGUCACCAUCACUCUUUAUUCCUCAACUAUACAUCAUUUGUUUCUCUGAGGGGAGGAACAUGUCGUUUAAAGGUGAAAACAUUUUUGCUCUCGUGUUUGAGUUAACAGCUUUUAUUCCCUGAAGACUGAUUCGAUUUGCUUUUUAUUUAACAAACUAACUCUGAAAAUGCUUUACAUUUGGCUUUUAAUGUCAUUUUAUCUAAAAGUGAUGAUUUUAUUUUGCAACAUGACCCAACUAAAAAAAACAACAACAUAAUUUCAAUGGAGGAAAUUAAAUUCGCCUAAUUUUAUCUUUACUUUCUUUACUUCAUUUGGGCUAUUUUAAAGAAGGAUUUUAUUUUGAUUAACACAUGUUAACUAAAUGUUGGAUGUAAAAUUGGCAUUAUAAUGAAGAGAAUUGUCAUCUAAUUAUAAUUAUGAAUGUUUUCUUUUAAUCAGCUGAUAAUAACUGAAAUGAUUUUCAUAAUUCUUAUAUUGUGUUUCAUGUGUUUUAAUUAUGAAAUAUAUUUUCCCCAGUUGCAAAUGAUUUGACAUUAAAAUUCUGUACAAAUCACCUUUAAAAACCCAUGAAUUAUAGUAAAAUGCAAAUGCACGUGAAUGUAUGUGUUCAUCAGAUGUCUCUUAUUUUUAUACUGCAAAUAAAGGAUUAUUUUUCCUGAAUUAAAGCAGAAGUACCAAGUACA